AUGCAGACGCUCCGCCGACCACCCACCGCGUCGCUUCUAGCCGCACCCUCACGCGGAUAUGCCAUCUCCGUCAAGGCGCCACGUGUCUACGAGUCGAAGACUGGGGAGCGAUACUACCCUGAGAAGAAGACGUUCCGGUACAACCAGUACGCGCGACUGCUGCAGUCCGACCGGCCGCUCAUCUUCCUCAACCACCACAAAUUCUCGCUCAAAAACAUGACGCUUCUUCGCUCUGCCAUCGCCGAUGCCGCCGGCAAGUACGUGCCGAAACCGACGACUCCCGAGCCUACAGCAGCCGCCGGCAAGGACGCGAAGGGCAAGGCGCCUGCCGCAGUAGCACCGGCGCCUGUCGAGUUGCCGACCUUGACGGUCAUUCGAACUGCCAUUCUCGGUGCCGCUCUACGGCAGCAUGCUCCUUUGGAUACAGCAGCAGCGCGGGCCAUCGCAGAAGCCGUGUCUGGUGGUCUGGCAGUACUCACGCUGCCUGAGCUCAACCCACCACAACUGAACGCCGUCUUGCGCGCCAUCGAACGCGCCGUCCCUCCACCCAAACCUCCGACACCGGCAGAAAUCAAGGCGAAGGAGGAUGCGGCAAAGGCAGACCCGCCGAGCCCUGGCAAACGCAUGAAGCGCCAGCGCACUGUGCACGCGCCGGAGAUGGCGUUACUCGGAGCUCUCAUCGAGGGUCGCGUAUUUGCACCGCCAGGCGUACGGGACGUUGCAACAUUACCCACGUUGCAGACUUUGCACGCACAACUAGUGGGCUUGCUCAGUGCGCCUGCAACCCAGCUUGCGGGUGUAUUGAGCGAGGCGAGCGGUGGAAAGUUGAAGAGGACUUUGGAGGGGCUGCAGAAGAGUCUGGAGGAGGCUGCGGCAGAGAGUGGUUCGGCGACUCCGACUGCCUAG